AUGAGAGUGGGCAAGGGCUGUGAAAGGUGUCGUCAUCGCCAUAUCCGCUGUGUGAUUCCCACCGGAGCAUCAACUUGCACUCCAUGUUUGCGACUUGGUCAGGCGUGUCACCUUGAUCCUCGCUUCCAGUUCAAGCCUGUCCAUCAUGUUUACCAAAAGAAUAAUGGUGUACCUACCCGAUUUGAGUUGGAUUGGGAUAAAGAGCAAGUUUGGGUGGACGUGUCACAGCCUGUGACAUUCGUUCUGGAAACGAACGAUGAAUCAGCUGGAAACAGAGAUAGUGCUUUAGAACAAUAUAACAGUCCAGCACUAGAGUGGGCAUCUCAUGGUCGCAGUGGAGGGACUCGAGCUUCCCACUCGGAGGACAGAUAUCAACCGCAAGCUCGCAGCCCAUUUUACGUGAAUCGAUCCAGUCAGGACUCUACAACCUCUACAAACAGUCAACUCAGCCUGCUGUCUGACAAUGGACCUACACUGACACUAAGGGAGGCAUCACUAAUGCGCUACUUUAUCCAAAAACUAGCUCCCUGGGCUGAUGUUUGUGACAUCCAUUCACAUUUUAGCACCGAAGUCCCAAGACGGGCAUUGGAGAAUAACAUGGUACUACAAGCCAUUCUAGCUCUGUCUGCCCGACACGAUGCGAUCUUGGCCAACAGUCGUGACUGGGAGGCCUCGGCUUACCACGGACAAUGUUUGCGAUUAUUAAUUGCGGCAUUGGAUCAAGCCGAGACAAAUUGCGACGAGAACAUGCUCAUUACGGUUGUGAUCCUUCGUAUAUAUGAAGAGUUGGAAAAUAAGACCGACCAAAAGUUUCAUCUGCUUGGAUCCAAUCGUUUGGUGAAUCUUGUGACUCGCUCUGCCUCCUCUGGUGGAAUGGCAGAGGCAGUGAGCUGGCAGUUUUUGCGACAAGCUAUCUAUGCAUCGGUAGUACAGUAUCAGCCUUUACAACUUGACCUGCAGAAUUAUGAGCGCUCAUCAAUGUUUCACCGCCACGACGACGCUGCUUGUGCUAAUAGGAUUAUCUAUUAUUGCGCCCGCAUCUUACAACUAUGCUGCGAUGCGCCCGAGCAUGUUUUGGGGCAAGACACCUGGCGCCAAAUAUCGGACAGCGUGAACGAGUGGAAUCAAACCAAGUCCACAACCUGGCAACCCAUUCGGUACCAAGCAUCGAGUGUAGCUGCUGGUCGGCCUUUCCCUGAGAUAUGGAUGAUCUCCCCGCCUGCAGGUAUGUAUUUAGGUUCCAAUGACAACGCAACCUAA